AUGAAGCUUCAUGCGUUAGUCUUAAUCUUCGCAUGUCUAUCGGUUCAUCUUUGUCGUGCCGCGGAGACAGAUGCGGACUACUAUGUGUCUACGCAAGGCCCUAACGGUUGGUCAGGAACCAUCGCGACGACCAAUUCGCAGAAGUCGGAUGGUCCGUUUGCCACGAUCGAGCGCGCUCGCGACGUGAUUCGAGAAUCUCGAAUUUCUGAGUCAGGCGAUUGCACUUUCAUCGACGAGCUACCAGCACGAAAUAGUCAAUCGACCGAGGACCGACGCGUUCUCGCCCAAGCGAAGCAAGCCAACACAGAUCACAACAUUUACUUCUGUGACGCCGAUUCCCAACUUAGCAAGCAGAUUAUCAAGAAGGACAAACAAGAAGGAAUAGACGCCCAUAGCCUGUCCGUCGAUCCCCUUUUUGUCGAUCCCGCCAACGUUGAUUUUCGUUUCCAGCCGGAUUCUCCAGCCUUGAAGCUUGGUAUUGUCCCCUUCGAUGUCUCAAAAGCGGAACUGAUCAAGCAUAUCGAGUCGCCAAACGUACCGAUUGCAUUCCACUUCGGAAAAAGUCAAGGCUUGCUAACCCAAGAGGAAGCUGAGUUCGUCGCAACGCGAUCUAGCUUCGUCUGCUUGGAGAAAGGGCACGCCACUCAAACGCACGGCAGUACCGAAGCAGGUAUCGAAGCCGAGGCACAGCAACUCAAAGCAUUCAAUCCUAAGAUGAAGGUCAUUUUCUAUUGGAAUGCUUUUCUCGACUACCCGAUGUAUAACGCCCACCAAGUCUAUGCUCGACAUCCAGACUGGUGGCUCAAGACGAAUAAGAAUGAACUUGAUCGCAAGAAGGGACGCUUGAUGCGUUACGAUCUUUCGAGUGACGACGUGAGGAAUUGGUGGACCAGAGUCGCCAAGAAAGCCGUGGCCGAGGGAAGUUGUGAUGGAAUAUUCAUGGACGCUUUUCCACAAAUCACCAGCCCAUCGAAUCGCAAGUUGUGGGGCAACGAGAAAUUCGAUGCAAUCCAAAAGGGACUUCGAGAUCUGGUUCAAGAGACACGUCAUUCGAUUGGCGAAGAUGGGCUGAUCGUUUUCAACGGAAUUCGUUCGACUCCCGGAAGACACAUAGGAUUCGAUUUUCCUGAAGCGGACGCGGCAAUGAUUGAGCACUUUGGUCACUUUCAAAGUGCCUCCAAGGAGACGAUGCUCCAGGACCUGCUUGCCAUGCAACAGGCGGCUAAGUCUGGAAAGAUUGUGGUACUCAAAUGCUGGCCUGACUUUUCCUUCAUAGAUGAAGAGGCCAUGCGAAAACUAUUGUCGGAAAAGCGCAAGACCGCCCAAGAACGUUUGACCUUUCCACUCGCCUGCUUUCUGGCUGCGGCCGAGAAGAACUGCUACUUCAUCUACAACUGGGGAUACCGGCUAGAUAACGGAUGCCUAGAGUGGUACCCAGAAUUCGAUAAACCGCUUGGAAAACCACUCGGGGAAAUGACGCGUGAUGGUUGGAAGCUCAGUCGCGAGUACCAACAU